AUGGCUGAUUGCCGUCUCAUACCAGAGGUUCUGCUGUCAAACGGUAUCUUGUGGCCCGGUGCGAUCAUGGAUCAACCAGUUGCGUCGACUUGGGCAAAUAUUCUGGAAAUCUUGCUUCUCUACACGGCCCAUGUCUUACUACCUACGAUUCUACUCCUGGCAACGGCAAAGCGAUCACUUCUACGAUAUCUCUCAAUUCCAGUCUCGCUCUGCAUUUUACAUAGAGCAAUACAUAUCGCAUCCCUGCUAGGUCCUGGAUUCAUUUGGUGCGAACUUGCACGUCUGUUUCUUACAGUCGCAUGUCAGAGUCUGAACCUACUGCUCAUCAACUCAAAGGAUGGUCAUGACAUACCUGAUAUCGGCCAAGGCUAUCUAGCACUGGAUAUGUUUUCAACCCUUGCCUUGCGACAGGCAAUGGAACAAGAAAAAUUCGGAACGCUGCCGAGCACUGUCCACUGGAAUAUAUCAAUUGAGCAAUUGAUCGAGCGAAUCGUCUCAAAUCUGAUGGCCGGAUUUGUCGUCAGUCGCAUCCUUAUCGAUUUCCACCACCGUGUUUUCUCGGUCAUAGCUGUUGGGAUCGGUCUCGAUUCGACUUCCGAUUGGCCUCCGCUAUUUGGGAAGGCAACAGACACUUACAGUUUACGAGGAUUCUGGUCAAAGUUUUGGCAUCAACUCCUACAACAGCCCUUGACGUCUAUCAGCCGCCUCAUCACUCGCGAUGUCCUAGGCUUAGCACCAAAUUCUACACUCCGGCGGUAUAUGAAUAUCUGCAUUGUUUUCUUCCUCUCCGGUGGAUUGCACGUUGUGUUGGAUAUUGUGCAAGGAAUCCCCUCGCAAGAAUCAGGUGCCAUGUUGUUCUUCGCUUUGGCCCCACUGGGACUCAUGAUCGAAGAUGCCUUUAAAGCACUGUGGCGACUCAUUUUACAUCAAAACAAGGAAAGCAAAACACAAAACGAUGCACCACUACCGCGAUCGCAACGAAUUCUUGGGCUGGCCUGGACCAUGUUAUGGCUGGGGGUCACCUCAACCUGGUACUUUUACCCGCAGAUGUUGCGGCCCCAAAACCAAAACUUGGUGCCUUUUAGCUUCGCGGAUCAAGUUGGGCUGCCUGUGACUAUAUCAGCAGUUACGACGGGCGGCGUUAUGUUAGCUUUCACUUUCCAGGUCGAGGUAUAA